CCACUUAGAUGAGACUCAUAUGGGUCAGUGAAAUGUCAGUGAAUAAUGUGAACAGUGUACGAGUGGUAUAUGAGCGGUACGUACAGAAGAUGUGAAUAACAAGCGGUAGUGAUGGAUGACAAUAGAAAAAUAGGAAUCACCAUCAAAACUAGUUAAGAAAACCGAUUGUAACUGAUCGUCGCGAUAAAGUGAUGGCGAGUAACGACGAUACAAUCAGUGAUAGUAGUGAGACAGUAACCAUCGACCAGCUUUUUUAACGAAUGGCGUUGUCCAAAGUGUGUAAUCAGACAUCUAUGAUUCUCGGCGAUAAUGCUUUCGCCAUCGUUGGCAAGAAUAACGAGAUUGAACAUAGUGUCAAUAUGUUGGAUGUACCACGGAAAAUAUAUUCAAGGGACUUGCAUGGUUCAGAAUAUAAUCAUUGGAGUUACGACUUAACAGACUACAGCACAAAAAGAAAUAUGAAUACUGAAGAUGAUGAUAGUCAGGAUUUAAAUAAUUCAAUGGUUAAUGAUCUGGUGUCAAAGAUCCUUGAUGAAGAUUCCAUGACCAUUGAUACUUUUCGCAAUAGUUAUAACAGCAGAAAUUAUCAAACUGCUGAGUUUGUUAACUCUUAUCCUAAUCAAAUUGGAGAUAGUCUGAACAGUUAUUUGAGUGAUGUGGUAGAUCACUUAGAAAGUCGUUAUCCAUGCGGCAAAUUAACAAACAAUACCUAUAACAAUGUUAAGAGUGAAUACCAUCGUACAAACAAUCUUUGUAAUGAUUUUAAUAUAUUGAGUCUGAAUACACACAUGGGGCAAUCAACAGAACAAAGUAGUGCCAGCAGCAAUGAACUUCCACCAAACACAUAUUCAUCUGAUACACGGGCACAUGUUGUACAUUCGAAUGAUGGGAAUAUAUACACAAAUGGAAGCAGUAUGCCACUGUGUAACGAUCUGCUAACAACUAUCACUACAAAUGAAAUCAAUUACAGCAAACAGUCUGGUAGUUGGACAGAGCCCUUAAUGACGCCUUCAAUGGGGUGCAACAGGAGUGAGUUAAUGGGAAAUUACUCGAGAGUUCCAAGUUGUGCUAAACCGGAUCUUAAUUUCAAUGUGGCGUUAACCCUCGCCUUGGAUUCAUCGAACUCGACAGUUCCUAUUAAUGAGCUGGAGUAUCACAACAGCUUGAGACACAAUUGUACGCCAUCUAACUCAUAUGGCAAUCAAUCUAUGAUGAACAUGCAUGAUAUGUACAGUAUCAGCAGUAACACCACUCAGAGUUUUGGAUAUAGGCCGAACUCGGCGAUGACUGACCUAAACGCCGAAUCUGUUUUCCUGUCAACUUCGCCAUCACAUUUCUCACCUGCCGACACAACGACUCUACAUACUUGUUUUGGCAGCAAUAUACAACGUAACGACAUCAGCGAUUUUGCCAAGGAGGCUCACGAUACCGCUCGAUUAAAUAUGACAAGUAUCAGUAACAUACCUAAUGAACAGAUGAUUCAGUUCUUGCAGCCGCAGACUCGUAGUAGCUACAAAUUGGAUCAAGCUGUGGACCAAGAUUAUAAAACCUUAAUCGAUUACUAUUCCCCUGGUAUAACUGGUACAAAUAAUUUUAUCGCAUCCUUGACUAAUAACCUAGACACGAAUGAAAACGUCUGCCUCCCUAGUGACUGUAGGAUCGAUAAUAAUUUAUUGAAGAUAAUCAGUCCGAAAUCAAAGGCUGUUGAAGCUAAACCGUAUUCGCCGAUAGGAUUUCCAAAGAACUUAAGUUCGCGUAAUUUGUAUCAGCCUAUGGCUAAAUAUGGUUGUCACAGUUAUCAACAAUACACUGCCAGCAGUGGCGGCGAUACUCUCAAGAUAUUGCCACAAAACUCGGCGUUUUAUCACAACGACUUAAAGCAGCCUAAAUUAAAUGCAUAUAAACUGGAUGGAUAUGAUAUAACUAAAGAGAUGGCCUUUCCCUCGGCAGGUCAUCUGACUGAUUGUAUCGCAAGUUCCACAUUAGACAAGGACGCAACCUUUGGUCACAUCAUGAAGCAACAUCAUAUGUCAAAAAUACAGAGCAUUCCCGCUGGGAUCCCACCGCCGGAUAUUAUUUUCAAUUCGAGAAUGAUAUCGGGUGCAAAUACUGUAAGAUCGGGAACAUUCCCGUCAGUGAUGCCAGUCCCAGUCCCUGUUCCGCUUCAUCCCGUACCACGGCUGUUCUCCACGCUUUACGGAGGAAGUUUAAGUUUUAGAAACAGCAUUAGUGGUGCAGCCAGAAAGACCGGUCCCUCGAGUAUAUUGCAUUUCAAUCUCGAGCAAACGUACGAGCAAUUCAAGCAGCUGGAGAAAGAGCGCAAGAAGUGCGAGGCCGGAUUAGCCGCUCACUUUCCAGGGAAACGAGUAACUAGCGCAAAUAACAUACCUAUCCCACGUCCUCAAGGAAAUCCGUCUAGAGUGGAUCGCUUGGUAAUCGAUUAUUUGAGAGAGCACGCUCGUGUCAUUACAUUAAUAGCGAAGAUGGAACGCUUACGUGGGACUACGAUGAAUCAACGUGUGCACAAAGCUAUGGAACAUUGGCUGGAAGCUAUCAAAUUUGUUCAAGAUUGUCGCAAGCAAGAAAUCACAAAUGCUAUCAAACGUCAAAAAGAGAAUCCUCAUUGCAUUUUAGCGUAUGACGACAAUGAUAUUUUGACUUUGGCUGGAAGCGUGCACGCAUUGACGAAAGCAUCGCGAUACGCGCGAACCGGUAUGUAUAACGCGCUCCAAGCUACGCUACUUUAUGAUUUGGACGUGGAGAAGAAGGUCGUUGAGACUUCCAAGGAACCGGUGCUCGAGACUAGAUACAGCGAAAGUCAGCUAAAAGAUGGAAUCAACGAUUAUUCAAGCAAUACCUAGCAAAAUUGCGCCGAAUCCAUAUCGUUCAUCUUGAAACGCUAAAAAGAGGCGAAUUCAGCAGCUUUUUACUUACGUAUAGUAUUACGUUUAUGAAAAGCGUACGCUGGUGUUUACGUGAUUAUUUUAUCGUUGAAACAAAAUGCCGCCCAUUAAAUUCAAAACUUUCACUCGCGAUAUGUGAGAAGAAUCGUUAUAUGCGAGAAAAAGAAGACACGCACGUAUACAGACACACAUACACACACACACACACGACACACACAUAGAAAGAACUAAAGUGUAAAACUCGAAAACGUGGAAUGUGCGCAACUUUUUACAGAUUAUUAAUAAUUCCGUAGUUUUCUACGUAUUUUAACGCUUAUCGGCGGUGCGAUAUAGCUUUUCGGAAACACCGAUAUAGAUGCGAAAGAAUUUCGCUCAUCGCUGGAGAGACUGCCCAUUCUUUGUCAUUUAUCUCUAUUAUCUGUGUCAAGAAAAGAAAGAGGAUAUCUUUUUUUUUGACACUUGAAGAUAAACUAGGAGCGGUAUAAAUUGGGUUUAAACCGGUGAAUAAUCACUAGCUUUGAAAUCGUUGACUUAUUAACUCGCAACAAGAACGAGAUUGCUCAGAUGAUAUUACAUCCUUUUAGAAAUAUCGUUCUUCGUAUAAUUAUUCGUUUGUACAUGUAUCUUAAGUUAAACGAGAUAGGCAAAAUACUAAACCGAUGUACUCGUUCAAAAUGUCCGAUAGUAAUUCAUUAGAUUAGCUCAAUGUGGCCUUCCUUAAAUGUGUAACCCAUUGUGUGGUAGUAGAUGUCUUAAAACUUGAAUAUUUCGUAUAAGUGCCAUGCCAAUUAAAUCGCAUGCAACACGCGAGCUUUACAUUUACAUGUGUGUAUA